GGUUGUUGGGUUUAUGAGUUAUGCACAUUGUCUAAUAAUAUAUAUUUCCUCUCUAGAGCAGUGAGAUAUGGCAUUAAUAACAGAUGUAUUGGUUAUAUAUAGUACACAUUCUGCCUCAGCUAAAAAUAAUUGAAAUUCCAACUGUUCUGCAAUGGAAAGAGUACUUGCAAGAACUGCAAUCUCCGUUGUUUUUCUUGUUUUCCUCUCAAGUAUAGAAGUGCAGGGUCGAAAUUCUCAUUUCAGUAGCCCUGAUCAUUUGGUUUCAGACGGUAGUGUCACUAAUGAUGGUGCUAAACAGGGAAAUAAAACAGGAUCUUCAAUUUUGCAGUUGAAAGGAUUGGAUUCUUCGGAGGAGCAGUGCGAGCAUAUGUAUGGUUUUUUGCCAUGCUCAGAAAGUGUUUUCGGCCAUCUUUUUCUGAUCAUCGUGUAUGAGUACUUGUUGUAUCAUGGCGAGACGUAUCUUCUAUCCGGAGGUGGGAGGAUUUUUGAGAUUCUUGGGACUGGUUUCUUUGGUGCCAGUGCUUUUCCGGUCAUUGCUCAACUUCCAGAGUCCUUGAUACUACUUGUAACUGGGCUGUUUAGCAGUGACGAGGGAGCUCAAGAAAAUGUCUUAACUGGAGUUGGUAUGGUAGCAGGAUCAACCAUUUUCAAUCUCACACUGUUGUGGGGAACUUGUCUGUUCUUGGGUCGACAAGUCUUUGUUAAUAAAACCAAUUCUAUCCCUGUCAGCGAUCCUUCUGCAGAAAGCCAACAAAAGAAACCACCAUCACUAUUAUCCGGUUAUGGUGUGACCUCAGAUGCAGAGACUAGUUUCACGGCAAAAAUUAUGCUUGUUUCAGUAGUACCAUUUAUCAUUAUACUAGCGCCAAAGAUUUUUAAUGUAUCAUAUAACUCUAGGGCAUAUAACAUUGACAUAUUAGUGACGCUUUUUGCUCUGAUUGUCCUCUUACUUGCGUACUUCAGCUAUCAGUUCUCUCACAGUUCAAUACAAGAUAGAAGGUUGGAUUAUUUGAAAGUUGAACAUCAGACUCAUGUCUUAGCAGUCAUUAACCAUGUGCAAGAAUACGUACCAGAAAGACUCCUGGAUGACCAUGGUGCGCCUAAUGAAGAUGCAAUUUCUAGGCUAUUCCAAAAGUUGGAUAAAGAUGGAGACCAACAAUUAUCUCAUGCCGAGCUUACAGAACUUUUCAACAGAAUCAAACUUAGCAAGUCAGUAUUAAGCAGGGAAAAGGUUAUGGAGAAUAUUUUGAACGAACUUGAUCAUGAUGGGAAUGAACAAAUCAGUUUGACAGAGUUUAUGAAAACAGUUAAACAUUGGCUUCACACAACUAUGUGUGCAGUGGAUGAACCCGCAAGCCAUUCGCAUGAUCCUGGACAGCCAAUCAAGCAUUUAGAUGAGGCAAUUACUCUGGUGCUAGAAGAACAAGAGAAAUUGAAGAAUGUGAAGAAGCAAGUUCUUGAGCAGGUUAGACAUAUGAAAGAUGGAGAAGCUAAUGAGUCUGCCAUCAUAGAGUUGUUCGAAAGACUUGAUGUGGACAAGAGUAAAUCUUUAACGCAGUCUGAAUUGAAGGCAUUGCUCUCAGAUAUUAGUGCAGAUAAGGCGCAAAUGGCUGAAGAUGAGGCACUGAUGAAAAUAUUUGAAGAUCUUGACACUGACGGAAAUGAAGAAAUUAGUCUUGAAGAAUUCACAAUAGGACUCAAAAAGUGGAUCAAGAAAACUGGCGGCAAUACUCAACAAUACAAUGUGGACAGAUCAGCAAGGGCGUGGGGAAAGGCUAUAUUUCUGUUGGUGGUUGGAAUAGUAAUGUUAGCAGUAUUAGCCGAGCCCCUGAUACACAGCGUUCAGAAAUUUGCAACAUCUGCAGACAUACCAUCAUUUUAUGUUGCCUUUGUUUUAGUUCCGUUGGCUACAAGUGCUAGAACAGCUAUAUCAGCAAUUCGAGCAGUAAGAGACAAGAUACCAAAAAAUACUCGUUUGACAUUUUCUGAGAUCUAUGAUGGGGUGUUCAUGAACAAUGUUCUUGGAUUUUCUGUUCUUCUGUCAGUUGUAUACUUCCGUGGUUUAGUAUGGCAUUUCUCUGCUGAAGUGAUGAUCGUAGUUAUUGUUUGCUCUGUAAUGGGGCUUAUCGCAUCAUUCAUAUCCCGGUUCCCAGUUUGGAUAAUGUUCAUUGCCUACUCGCUGUAUCCAUUAUCUUUGAUCAUCGUUUAUUUGGUCGAUGAUUACUUUUGGUUGCCCUGAACUGUCUAUUUACACAAGCAAAUGAGCAAAUGUAUGCAGUGGUGGAAUCAGAAAUUUAAACUUCUGAACUAAAACAUUUAAUAAUAAAUAUUUCAUUAUUCAGGCUCCGAAGUAUUUUGAUUAAGAAA